AUGGGUGAGCUCGAAAAAUGUACGGAAAAGGUGGGUGGCCACUACAGAGGCCUCUCGCCCAUCGUGAUCGCAGCUCGCUCUUCCAACACUUUUGUUACUCCCUCGGGCACCGUCCUCUCCCGCAAGUCCGUUGACAGGAGGCGCUACUUUGCCGGCUUCCUGGCCGGCUGUGUCUCACGCACAUGCACUGCGCCCAUCGACAGGCUCAAGGUUCUACGCCAAGCCGCGACACCCGAAAUCGCUGGCCUAAAUAUGUAUAAAAGUUUUAGAGCAUUAAUAGCAGACGGAGGCUUGUUCUCACUGUGGCGGGGCAACGGUGUAAAUGUGCUGAAGAAUGGACCCGAAACCGCCUUGCGCUUCGGUUUUCAUGGCAAACUAAAGGAUAUCCUCUUUCCAGAGGCAAAAGAGUUGCAUCCCUCACAACGACUUUUCGUCGCUAGCUUGGCUGGCGCUUGGUCCCUCACUCUCACAUAUCCCAUGGAGGUGAUGAAGACUCGCAUGGCGUUGCGUAAGACGGAUGAUUCAAACUCGAUCAUCGCCUGUAUGAAGACAGUCUAUAGUCAAGGUGGUCUGCGCAGUUUCUACCGUGGUUAUGCGAUUAGCAUGCUCAGUUAUGUUCCCUACGCCGGAUUGGAACUAUCGUUUUUCGAGCUUUUCAAACGUAGCUAUGUGGAAUACUUCCAUGGCUACCGUCCAGGUGAGCCAAUGCCUCAUCUCGCAAAGCCAGUAGCGAUAAGCCUUAUCAUCUGUUCCUCCUCCAUUCCACUGCUCAUUGUUUAUCCUGCAAACCUAAUGCGCACCCGCUUCCAGGCCAACACCAACUUUAUACCACCCAGCAUCCUCAACAUGUUCCAAGCCAUUCUCAAAGCGGACGGCCUCUCCGGCCUCUACCGGGGCUUCUUAACCAGUCUCUCCAAAACUCUCCCCUCUGUCACCAUCACUUACCUUACAUUCGAAGCUCUAAUGGAAAUGAUGGGUCUUCCUACCCUUGGCUCCAAAUAG